AUCUCCAUCUCAAUAGUCGAUACUCGACAAGUUGAAACUUUUGUGAAAGACUCAGAAUCUCGGAAUUUUGUUAUGAAGAUUUUUAAUUACAAUUUCACAUAUUAUAUCGUAAUUUAUACAUAAUCUUUUUUUAUUUAUUGAAAAUUUAACAAUUGAACCGCCAUUCGUGCUUAAAAUAUAUAAACUUUAAUAACAAAAUCUAGAAAGAAAGUGAACAAAUUUUUUCGUAUGUCAGUUGCGAUUUAUAUGCAGAGCAAAAGCAGAAGCAGAACGAGAGAAGGAAGAACCCAAUUAGUAGAAAAAUUCUUUGUUAUUCUUAUUACAAAUUUGUAAUCAACUUUUUUUCACUAUAACUGACCAAGAAAGUCUCCUUUUUUGAAUGUCAACAUAAAGUUUUAAAAAGAGUACAUAACCACUUACCUACCUACCUACCCAACCACACGUUACAUUGAAUAACUGUUGUGGAUAAAAAAUUUCUUAACAUGGAUCGCAGCGUGGACUCUAUUGGAAGCUGUUCACUUGAUGUUGAUGCAGAUUCCUCAGAUGUCUCAGAUACCAGCGGAAGUUUGAAUUUCGCUACACCAUUAUCUGCAAAAGACAUAACCAGAGAAUUUACUGCAAAAAUUAAAGAACGCUGUCAAUUAUCACAAAACACAACCACUUAUCUUGAUCCUUUUUCUGGCCAAAUUCAUACUAUUGUUACACCCACUGAAAAUCCAGCUACUAGCCCCAGCAAAAAACCCAGUUAUUUGAAUCUCGCUUGCUGCGUCAAUGGGUAUUCCAAUUUGACAACAUAUGAUUCCAAAAUCAGGCAAGACAUAAACAAAUCCAGAGAAGUAUCCCCGAUAAGACCUUCAACAAACAGUAUUCAGCAUUGCAAAAAGAAUAACUCACUGGCACCACCGGUUUUUGUUUCUUCUAUUAAAACCUCACCAAAUUGCAAACUAACUAUGACAUCAAAUCAGUAUUUAAAUGACAGCAUUGGAAGUAACGACACAGUUAAUAUAUCAGAUGUCGUCGAUGCACAGUAUUCACCACAACAGAGCUUUAUACAGCAACGAGUAGAAAGGCUUUAUGGGCCCGGGGCUUUAGCUCAAGUCUUCUACAGUCCAAAGAAAGUCAAAUCAAAAAAUUCCAAUAACAUAAUUCUGAACGAGCGAUCAUCAAAUACACAAUCCGAAUUCUGUAGAAAAUACCAACAGCUUUCCAAGAGUAGAUAUUUCAACCAAUGCAAUAAACCGACAAAUGAAGUGAUUGUUACCACUAUCCCAACAGCUACGGACGUGACAGAUCAUUCGGUGAAUAACACAAUUGAUCUUCCAGUUUUGAGGCAUUUAAGUCAAGAAUUUAGGGCACAGUUGCCUUCUAUUUCACCCAAACGUGCAUAUAUCAAAUUAAAUAAUGCCAAUUCAAAUAACAUCUGCCCUAUUAGUGAAAACAAUUCGAACUACACAGAACUGCAUAACAAUGAAGGGGAAAGCGAAAAUAAGAGCUCCACAGAAACGUCAGCCGAAUCACUAAUAUCAACCGUAGAUAAGUUUAACAAUGGUGUUUUGGAGCGACCCAAACAAACGGAAGAGAAAGAUGGAAAUUAUUUUCUAGAAAUUCUAAAAUUGGAGCAAAACCGAUUGUUGGAGCUGGCUCAUCGAGCGGAAAAGUAUCUUUGCUCUUUAAAUGAAAAUGAAGAUGUUUCAGAAGAAGUGUUUGGACUACUAAGAUCGGCGUCUGGUAAAGCACGUCUCUUGGUCUCACAAAAAAUGAAACAAUUUGAAGGUUUAUGCCACAACCACAUGAACCGAUCACCAGAGGAUGCAUUUCCUACGACUAUAGAAGACUUGGAAGGAUUUUGGGACAUGGUAUAUCUCCAAGUGGCGCACAUAGACACAAUAUUCAAAGAGAUUGAAGAACUCAAAGAAAACGACUGGAAGUUGAAACCCAUAGAAGAGAAACAGACAACGAUUUUCCCAGUGAAAUCAUGUAAAGUUUCGAAAUCGACAGGUCCUAAACAAAAGACUGCACUUAACGGCCCCAAACUGCAAAACGGAAACAAUGGAGCGGUAAAUUCAUCAGCAUCAGCUGCUGCACUGAAGCGUGAAGCUCAACGGAAGCAGUUUUUGGAAGCGAGAAGAAAGAACAAGAAUGCGAUUAGUACAGACAAGCCGCAAUCUAAUACGGCAAAUGCUAUAGAAAUAUUUGUUAGUGAAAACAACAGUUGAUUGUUUUUAUUAGUAUAUUCAAUUAAAAUUUAGAUAAUCUAAAUUAUUGCUAGUCUGUUGUAAGGACAUUUCAUGCUUUCGAUAAAAUACCAGUCAAAUACGGCUUCUUAACACGAAAAUUGCAAACAGCACACUUUUAUGACAAUAUAUGAAAAAAAAACUUUUAAAAAAUUGAAAAUCAAAAAUCUCCAGUUAAUGCAAUGAAGCUAGAAAAGACAUUUUUCUUAUUUAGAAAUUAAAACUAGCAAAAACAUGAUUUCAAAAUUAAAUUCUUAAAUUAGGUUAAUAGAAAAAAACUAAAAAAAAUCUCACUACUAGACUAAAUUAAUUGUAAUUUGUUCUCUCUAUCUGUUGACUCACAUGUCACAUCACUAAUUACUGAUAUGUUGUUACGUUUUAUAUUUUGUACAAUAAAGUUGAUACUUGGAUAUGUUACAUUAUAUACAUUUUGUUAACAUCAGAAAAUAAAAAAAAAAUCCCUAACCAUUAA